GAAGAUUCAUCCAAACUGGAAUAAAUGUUGUAUUUACUCAAUCUUUAAAAGAAGCUUGUAAAAUAUACUUGAAAGAAAUUGAUCUUCGUACUACUACUACUACUACUACUACUACUACUACUACUGCUACUACCACCACUUCACUUCCUAGUGUUAUUUCGCCGGAAACAAUCAUUCGUACGAAUUUAAAUGGAAUUGCACGUGAAAUAAGUCAACUAGUAGUAGCUAUGGAAAAUGAUGAAUAUGAUUUUGAUGGAGCUAAACGACCGUAG